AUGAGAGUCUUUUUGUUUGUGUGCUUGAGCCAAGCCCUGCUUUGCACGGUGGUCUUUGGCCACCAUGAGAAAGAGGAGGAACAUCAUGGUGAAAAUGCCGAUGAACAUGCUAUGGAGACACCUCUCCAGAAGAUUGUUCCAGGCAAUGUAAAAUUUGCAUACUCACUCUACUCUCACCUGGCUGAAGAAUAUCCCAACGAUAACUUAUUCUUCUCUCCGAUGAGUAUCUCUACGCUAUUUAGCAUGCUCUCUGUAGGUGCCAGGGGUCCGACACAGACUCAGAUCUAUGAAGGACUCGGCUUCAACAUGUCUGCAAUCUCUGAAGAAGACAUUAACAAAGGCUUCCAGCAGCAAAUUCAUGCUCUUAAUCAUCGUACCUCAGAUCUGGAGCUCAGCAGUGCUAAUGCUCUCUUUGUCGAGCAGCAUGCAAAACUUCUUGAAAAGUUCUCAGAAGAUCUGAAGAACUUCUAUGAAGCAGAAGCAAUUUCUACAGAUUUUACAAAUGGAGAUGAAGCAAAAAAUCAGAUUAACAGCUACGUGGAGAAAAAGACCAAUGGGAAAAUCAAAGACUUGCUGUCAAGUGUUGGCCCACAGACACUUUUAGUCCUUAUCAACACAAUCCACUUCAAAGGCACCUGGUUGCACGCUUUUGAUGAAACUCGUACGCAUGAAUCGGACUUCCAUGUAGAUGAGAACACGGUUGUUAAGGUGCCGAUGAUGACCAUUAGAGAGGAAUUUCUCAUAGCCAUUGAACGGGAGAGCGGCUGUGUAGUGGUUGAUAUCCCAUAUAAAGGAAAUACCUCGGCCAUUCUAAUCUUGCCGGAUAAGGGGAAACUUCAUGAAGUGGAAAAAGCUGUCCAGAAUGUGUCCCUGCAGACGUGGGCAAAACGCAUGAGACCAAUGAAAAUCCUUUUAUCCAUCCCUAAAUUUUGUGUUUCCGCCACGCUCAAUCUCAAGAAUGAAUUACCUAAACUGGGGAUAAAGGAUGUUUUUUCGGGCAUAGCCGAUCUUUCCGGGAUUACAGGGGAUCGAUUGCAGGUGUCCGAGGCAAUUCAUAAAGCAGUGCUGAGCGUGGAUGAGAAGGGAGCGGAGGCGGCUGGAGCAUCGGCCGCCGCCAUCACAAAAUUAAGUAUGCCUUUUCACUUUAACGCCGACCGCCCUUUCCUGAUAACGCUGCUACAUAAACCCACUGACACCAUUCUCUUCACCGGGAGAGUUGUGAAGCCUGAGAAGUGCUGA